AUGUUAAAACUUGAGUACUACGAUAAAACGUGUAGUGCAGCUUUCCAAGAAGUAUUUUACUUUUUAUUGUAUGUCGUGAUGUUGGACGGUACAGGUUCACACAUAAUGAAUGACAUGUGA